GAAAGCUGCGGCGUUUCCGGCCAGCUCAGCGCGUCUCUUGCGGUGUUGUCACUUUUUACGAGCUGUCACGCACGCGCUGCUGCCAGCUCACCGGAGCACUUUGAGGGCCGCGGAGGGUCAGCGGAACACCGGCGGAGAUGGUGCUGCUCACGAUGAUCGCCAGGCUGGCGGACGGACUUCCGCUGGCCGCCUCCAUGCAGGAGGACGAGCAGGGAAGUGAGAAGCUGGGUCGAGAUCUGCAGCAGUACCAGAGCCAAGCGAAGCAGCUCUUCAGGAAGCUGAACGAGCAGAGUCCGUCACGCUGCACUCUGGAGGCGGGCUCCAUGGCCUUUCACUACUGCAUCGAGAAAGGAGUGUGUUACCUGGUGCUGUGUGAAGCCAGCUUUCCUAAGAAGCUGGCCUUUGCUUACCUGGAGGACCUGCAGGCGGAGUUUCAUGAGCAGCACGGGAAGAAGGUCCCGACAGUCUCCCGGCCGUACUCCUUCAUCGAGUUUGACACCUACAUCCAGAAAACCAAGAAGUCCUACAUCGACAGCCGAGCCAGAAGGAAUCUGGGCAGCAUCAACACGGAGCUGCAGGACGUGCAACGGAUCAUGGUGGCCAACAUUGAAGAAGUCCUUCAGAGAGGAGAAGCUCUGUCUGCUUUAGACUCCAAGGCCAGCAACCUGUCCAGCCUGUCCAAGAAGUACAGGAGCGACGCCAAGUACCUGAACACCCGCUCCACCUACGCCAAGCUGGCUGCCGGGGGGGUCUUCUUCAUCAUGCUGAUUGUUUACGUGCGCUUCUGGUGGCUCUGAGCCGUGAAAGACGAGAACGAUCCCUCCAGUCCUGUGAUAGGACUUCACAAACUUAAGACCCGCCCAUUUUGACCUCACCUGACCGGAGGACAAAACCUUUUCUUUCUUUUUAAAAAAAUCAUUAAUCUGUAUUUCUCAGUUCUAGAUUGGAGAGGCGUGCACGUGUUUGUGUGCAUGUGUGGCGACUGAUUAAUGUAGCGCUUAAGGGAGGAAACGCUUGAACUAAUUUAAAUUUUGAUGACAUCACAGGUGGGCGGGGCUGAAGAGGAAUUGCAGAAAUGAUUGGAAUGGUCUUUUGUUCCUCCCCCCCCUACAUUAUGGGAUGGUGAAACUGUAAUGAGUGGGAGGGGCUUAAACCUUUUUAUUUUAGUACAGAAAGUCCAGAAAUGAUCUACAGCUGGUGGAGCAGAUCCUGAGCUAACGGUUGACUUAAACAUAAUUCCACUAAUCCAUAAAUGUGGUUUAAUCUCACGUGAAAGUUUAUCUUAGGCGAGCUGGUUCCGUUCUGCUAGAGUUUUGGGUUGAAUGUGGGCGCUGGCGGAUCUCCGGUUUCUGUCUCUGAACCGCGUUCCUGCAGUGACGGGAAAUUUCAUCUCCUCACAUCUCUAUGUUUAAGUUUGUUUUGUGUUUGAUCUCAUUUUAAAUAAAGAUCUGAGACGUUCAGCUCAGACUGAAGACAGUCAAACCCUUCAGUAAUCCUUCUGCAUCUGGAGUCCACUGGACCGCCAGCUGUCCUAUAAAGAGCAGUUCUGUGGAUGUCCUAGAGGGGGCGCCGUGCUUACCUCAGCUUUCCUUUAGCUUCAGAGUCCCAGCGUGGAACCCGCAGCGUCUCCAUAAGCUUCAAGCUUCUGAUCGGCUUGAAGAAUUUGAAAGCUCUUGAGGAAUGUUGGUCUGGAUCAGGAGACCGCUGAGAGUUCUGAUGGUUCCUCAGAACGUCUUCCUGCCACUCGCGCAGCACUUUUCACUGAGAAGGUUCUGGGGCGGGGGUCCGCUCCAGUUCAGUAAAGUUAACUUUGAAGUGGACUCCACAAUAAAAGAAUUUGCACAAA